AUGACGACGUCCACCCCCAUGUCCUCCAUCUGCCACAUGUCCAUCGAGAUGAACGGUGGCAUGGAAGUCCACGUCGGUGAGACCAAGUUGUGCAUAUUUGAAAACAACCCCAAAACCAUCGGCGCACGCAACCUUAAUGGCCACACCGUCGUCAUGAUCGUCUCCAACCUCGGCGCCAUCGUGACCAACAUCGCGGCAGCCCGCGACUCCUCCCUCAGCCGCGACGUCGAAGACGGCACCCUGCAUGCACGCGAGCAGAUGCAGCAUGUUCUGAAUUGCUAUCGCCAGUACCAAGACCGACUUUUUGGCGCUAACAUCGAGGUUGCCUGUAUCGUUUAUACUUCGGUGUACCGUUCGCCCGCGACCGUCUCGAGAGAUGGGUUGAGUGUCUCCCUGCCGCAUCAGAUGGCUGGCAUUGCCUCUGAGCUGGCCAAGAUUGGGCUUGAGCCGCAGUUCAAGUUUUAUAUGUUUACAGAGUUACGGCGUAGCUCGCGGAGUCGCGGCACUGUGCAUGUCGAUGCGCGCGGGUUUAUCGUGACUGUGUAUCUGGAUGACAAGCCUACCUGUUGCAUCGAGACUGCACGAGCCGCAGCAGAUCGGUUGAGGCCAUAG